GGCUCAAUGCUCUGCUUGGUUGGCAUUGCCUGACUAAGUAUUUGCUUGUCCCGGGUUUUUGUGCGUUAAAAAUGUGUCGAGUCGAACCGCGAGUGUCUGUUGUAGUUCGCGUUCAGCCACCGAGGUUGUAGGCGGGUUUUUGGGCGAGGCAAUCGACAAGACUUGGCGACGACUCCUUGCUUGACAGGCUCUUCUCUGACUCAGGCGCGGACGAGUCCACGUGGCACCUGACGGGGGAGGCACUUGGAUGCAUGGCAACGGCCGCGACGCGUCAGCUUGUGCCGAUCUUCCGCGGUUUGUGAAGUGAUUCGGAGUAGCUGGUUGCGUGGUGCCGUGGCCCGGUGUCUAUAAAUACCUCGGCCCCCCGCCCCCCAACGCGCGUGGCCGGCGCCUGGCGCCGCUGGCUUGCCGUGAAGGGUGCGGCGCAAAACGUCACCAACCCAACGGUGCGAGCGCACCACGUUAGGGUGUCUAGCCACUUCGAAGCAGCGCGGACCCCUUGGAAUCUUAUACCAUCCAGUGCAUGACAGACGGGGCCACCGAUAAAGGUUCAUCUGGCAGCGCCUCGAUUUUCGUCUGAUUCUUCCCGCCUUCACCGAACCCACAAUGCCGAAAAACAAGCCGGAGUCGUAUAACAAGGUGACGGCGCAGCAGAUCGAGGAGUGGACCAGCUCCUUCGACCGGCUGCUAGCCAGCGACCGCGGCCGCGACAUGUUCAUGGAGCACCUGCUGCACGAAGGCACCGAGCGGCACCUGGAGUUCUGGCUGCGUUGCCAGCGACUCAGCGACGCCUACAAGCAGGUCAAGGACGACGCCAACGCCAUCUACGAGACGUUCCUCGACAUCGACGCGCCGAAGAAGGUGAACGUAUACCGCGAGGCGGAGGCGGUGCGCCAGCGGCUGGAGCAGAAGGAGUCGGAGGGCUUCGGCGUGUUCGAGGAGGCGCAGUACAAGGUGAAGGCGCGCAUGGAACAGGACAGCUACCCGGGCUUCUGCGUGGAGCUGAUGAAGAUGAAGAAGUCGCUCAAGUGACAUGAGGCCAACAGGGGGCCUGCCAAAGCUUGCUCCCUGUUCUGAGGAGUUGUGAGGGAGUCGGAUUUGAUCAUUGUGGUCCCGUCGGAGCGCCGUUGGGCCAGCUGGGACUGGAUCCAGAUCUGGAUCUGGAUCUGGAUCUGGACUGGAUCAUAGAGUCUGAGUCCCGUCCUGAAGUGUUUCAGGGUCCCUGAGUCCCUCGAGCAGGGACUCAGGGAGGGACUCAGGGCCUUGGUCGCUCGAGCAGAGUUUGGAGGCGACCAGAGCACACUCGUUGCACGUAAGAGAAUGAACGCUCCGCUGAACGCGUCCGUUUUCUGGGCGCUUGUUAGGACGAGGAAGCGUGCUAUUGUGGCCUUACCUGAAAUGGCCUGUGAAGCGCGGACGCGUGAUUGUGCUUCUCAGACGCCGACACCCGGAUAUCGUAUGGUGCGUGUGAUCUCUGAAUUGUGGGCUCCCUAUGCGACGCAAAAGUGUCGGUGAGCACAUGUGCCCCGGCAUUAUUUCUGGACCUGCAUGCGCUUGCCAAUCACAAGCUAGCUUAUCCUGAAUAGCUUAUCCUGACCCCACCCAAUGAUGGCAGUAUCAAUGGUGGUGGUGGCGAUCGCUCUCAUGUGUGUCAGCGAAGCGGCAUGACCUUCUGGCUACGUGAUCGUUGACUGUAAUUACUCGAGUGACUGUGAAAACAGCUGAGUAUCUGACCAGCAGAAUAGCACAGUAUGUAGAGGCUGGACCUUGCUGCCAAACCCUGAACUCUGGAUUGUUAAUCUCGGGUCAUGAGCCGAUGUUUCCUCGCGCACGGCGAUCACACGUCUCGAGCUACCGGUGGUGGGUGGUGUGGGCGGAUUGUCCACUGGGGUGCCUUGUGGAACUGCCGAUCCUAAAAUGAAUGAAUAAUGUGCCACUCUGUGCGGGGGUGCACCGCCGCAAUCUUAAGGCGGCGUUUCAGCUAUAUUUUUCGCUGGGUGCUCGUCUAGUCCUUCAACCGUGACCGAAGUUAGGCACCGAAGUUACCCUGUUUUUCUCGUUGUUUUUUCAAAGGAUAGGUGUUUGUUUUUAGACGUUAUGUUGACUCCUUCCGUCGUCAGAAGCGUUGAGGCAGCUGUAGCGGAGACAAAUAUACAGUACUGACUCGCUCGCCAUCUGUCAGCUUCACGCUUUUGCCGCGAUAGCUUGAGAGACAUCGCCCGUAUUGGUACGACCAUUCAGCUGUGAGCUUAUGACAUGAUGGCGGGUUGUGUUACCAUGUGGCUUGAUUUGUUGUCGGAUGAACUACUACAAAAAUACACUGAUGCAGUCGUA